AUGGAAGAACAUGUGAGCCAUUUGAGGCAAGUAUUUGAUGUUUUGUUGAUUGAAAAGUUGUUUUCUAAUAUCAAGAAGUGGGCUUUUGGGGUUGAUAAAGUGGUGUUCUUGGGUUCUGUGGUGAGUGUUAAUGGUGUUGAGGUUGAUGAAGAGAAGGUGGAGUCCAUUAGAACUUGGCCAACUCCUAAAAAUACAUCUGAUGUAAGGAGUUUCUACGGGUUGGCAAGUUUUUAUAGAAGAUUUUUGAAGGGCUUUAGUACAAUUGCCUCCCCAAUGACUGAAUUGAUUAAAAAGAAUGUUCCUUUUGUGUGGGGAGAUGAGCAAGAAAAGGCAUUCCAAGAAUUGAAGUCUAUGUUGAGUUCGCCACCUUUGUUGCAAUUGCGGAAUUUUGAAAAGACGUUUGAAGUUGAGUGUGAUGCUUCCGGCGUUGGCAUAGAUGGUGUCUUGAUGUAA